GCGGCAACCACGGGACGAAUGGAACUUGGAAGCGAAAACCGAAAUAUUUUGUCAUUCAAAAAAGAAAAAAAAAUGAAUAGGUAACUCCGUGCUCUGAUGAUAGCGUGACAAGACGACGGGCCGACAACCGCGGAUGGCGUGCGCCAACAAUCGUAUCGGAGGUCAAACCCUGUCGCCCGGUGCGCGUUCUAUUGGCUACACUGAUUACAAUCACCGAGGUCUUAACCUCAAAUUCGUCCAAAUCCAAAUACCCGAUUAAAAAUCUUUAAUGAUAGGGCAUGUCAUUUUCGGAGCAUUAUUGAGCAAUAAGUAUUAAGUAUUCAUACUUUUACUUUUUAGUGCAUUUUAAUGCAUAUUGCAUUUGCAAUUUGCAUUACCAUCUAGUAUCUGCAUUUACAUUAGGGUACUAAAGGCACUUUUCAUAAGUGCAUUCGUUUUCCUUGUAACCCUAUUGAUUGUAUCAAUUUUUUGUAUAUUUUUUUUCCAAAAUACAAGAUACACUAAAAUAGCUGUUUUUAGUACUUUAAUUUUCAAAAAAUAUAACGAUAGAGUACAAUGUUGAGAAUAUACCGAUUAUGUGUUCUUAUUACUUCCUAGAAGUCACAUUAAGUGUUCUCGACAGAAAAGGGGACAACGUGGACGUGAAUAACGGAAAAUUUUCAUUUUACAUUAAGGAAGCACUCAAAGAAGUUUUUGGCCAGUUUGGAUCAAGUAUCAACUUUGAUGUACUAAAAUUUGAAGCUGGAAAAGGCAUAAUUCGGUGUCCAUCUACUUUUUACGUAAAAUUUCGAGGAGCGCUUACUUUGUUUGGACGUCACAAUUCAAAUACUGUUGCAUUCAACGUCCAUCGUGCUUCACCGUGUUUAAUAUCAUUCAUCACAGAAGACAGGAUUUAUAAACAUGUCACAAAUAAUUAAAGAUGGUAAAGACACGAUUAUAUUUGCCACAAAAGAAGAUCAUCAGUCACCUAGUAAAGUCAUAUUAUCACCUCCAGAACCCUCACCUGGUCUUAUAUUUCCUGAUGGCUCCAUAAACUGGAAUUGCCCAUGUUUAGGAGGAAUGGCAACUGGACCUUGCGGGGUUGAAUUUAGAGAAUCAUUUACGUGUUUUCAUUAUAGUAAAGAAGAACCUAAAGGUAUGGAAUGUAGGGAAAAGUUCACAGCUAUGUGGGCAUGCAUGGACCAAUAUCCUGAAGUAUAUUCAGAAGGUUUAAAAGAUGAUGAAGAAUUCUUAAAUGCAGAAGAACAAGCUGGUGAAACCGUGAAAAAUGAAAAAACGAGUUCGUAAUACUUGUUAAAUUGUUUCAUUUUAGAAUCUUUUCUCGUUUUAAAUAGAUGUUUUAGAUAUAAAAUUUA